GCGUAUCGCGAUGCCUGGACUUGCCUCUGCACAGUGGCCAGCAAGCGCGUACGCUUUAACGAGGCGCCGAGCGACACACGCGCGCCUAACGGCUCGUCGAACGCCAAGAGCGAGCGCACUCCUUCGCUUGCGCGAGACAAGUCGCAGAGCUCCAGCCGCGCGGGAGCAGUCUCGUUCGGGCGGCUCGCUCGUCUGGAUGCCAGCGAACGACCAGGACAGGGGACGAGGAGCGCGAGUGGCCGGGGCGUGUCGAGGCGAUAAGGUGCUCGCGGCUCCGCUCGUGUGUUGCUGCUCUAUAACGGCUAAUUGGCCGGCCGGCUCUGCGCACCGUCGGCGAAAGAACGGCUCUUCCCUCCUCCUCCUCUGCCGCCGUCUGCUCGCCUCGGCGGCCAGCUGCGUCGCGGCCAGCCGCGGCCAGUCGCGGCGCCUCCUCAGUGCGCGCCAGUCGGCUCUCUAGUAUCGAGUCUCAGUGCAGCUCGCGACGCGCGCUCGAGGCCAGUCCGCUGGCGAAAUGAUCGUGUGCCGGACGACGCUCCGCCCGACUGUCCUCGUUUCUCCGUGAUCCUCGGCGCCGCUCUCCUGCCAACUCCUCCACUCGAGAAUGUGUUCGGCGGCCAAGCUCCCCUCGGCCCACUGCACCGCAGAGUCGCCAAGGAUCGGUGGCCCUCUCUCGCAAUCGCUGGCAAUGAUACCGCCAACGAUGCACGGCCAUGAGUUCAACCAGCCCCUGUCACGGGUAGUGAUGGUGCGCAAAACUGACCAGCGGACCUUCAGUAAAGGACGCCGAGGGGGCGAGCCUGUGCUCGAGACUGUCACUCGCGAAACCGUCGAACUUUUCAGCGGCGGCCGAGCCGAGAGAAAAUACACCUCCGAGACGAGGGACAUUGUCACGCCCAAGUCGAACAGGUCACGUGCCGAAUCGGUAAGGUCCAAGUCGCCACUGACAGCAUCGCCCGCUUCGCCUGGUCCUCUGUCCAACUCGUUUCACGGCAGUUUUCACAGUAGUUUGGGCAGUGAUGGAAUGUCCUGUAGCAGCGCCAGGUCUUCCUCGGCCUCACCCGACUCCGCUCGCUACUCAUCUUCUCAGAUAACAAAGACUGAACCACGUAAACCGUCUGUGCGCAGAUCUGGCCCAUCCAAGGAAUUCGCGAGCGCGUGUCUCGAGGCGCACAACUUUUACCGAUCUCGACACGGGGUGCCACCCCUGCGGCUCAGCAGACAGUUGUGCAAAGCUAGUCAGGAGUGGGCGAACGUGCUGGCCACGCGGGGGAGGCUGGAGCACCGGGCCAACAUCGACUACGGCGAGAACCUCUACUGCAUGUGGAGCUCCAACCCCAAGACCGUCGUCGGAGGCGAGGAGCCGGUGCACGAAUGGUACGCGGAGGAGGCGCAGCACCAGUACUGCAAGGAGCCGACGACCCUCAAGACCGGCCACUUCACGCAGGUCGUGUGGCGCGACAGCAGCGAGCUGGGCGUCGGCGUGGCCCGCAACCGCAACGGCGAGGUCUACGUGGUGGCCAACUACAACCCCGCGGGCAACUUCCUCGGCAGCUUCGUGGAGAACGUGCCGCCGACGCUGGACGCGGCCUCCGCUCCGGCCUCCGCUCCGGCCUCCGCUCCGGCCUCCACCCCGGCCUCCGUCCCGACCUCGGCGUGCGCCUCCGCCUCGGCCUCGCCCCAGCCCGACAAGCCCCUCGGCCCCGACAUCCCCAAGAUCCUCAGCGAGCGCGCCUGGCAGGAGCAGGCUCUGCAAGUGCACAACGAGUACCGCAGGAGGCACCGGGUGCCCGAGCUCAGGCUCAGCUCCGACCUCUGCGCGGCCGCCAAGACCUGGGCCUGCACGCUGCUUAACACCAACAAGCUGAUACCGCAGUCGUCCUCGCCGUACGGCGAAAACAUAUACUCGAUGCAGUGCUCGGACCCCAAGCUGCUCGUCUCGCCCCGGGAGGUUGUCUCCAAGUGGUACUCGGAGCGGAAGGAGCACAAGUUCGGUACCGAGCCCAAGGUCCUCAACACAUGCCAUUUCACGCAGAUCGUCUGGCGGACCACCAGCGAGAUGGGCAUUGCGAUGGCCAAGCGCGACGGCAGCUGCGUGGUGGUGGCCUGCUACUACCCGCGCGGCAACAUCGUCGGUCAGUUCACGGAGAACGUGCCGAAGCCGGUCAAGAGCGCGUCCUCAUGACCGACGCCCAAGCCGCUUACCUAGUCCAAAGGCCGACCAGUCACGGCAAACUACUUGCUUGGCUGCCGAUAAGCGAGGCAACGACUCGCCCACCCGUCGUCCGCAUCGAUCGUUCCUCUCAACCAAGGCAUUACAUCACAAGCUAUACAUGUAUAUUUCAUUGCCUACCGUAUGCAUAGAUGUGUAAGUCAAAGCUCCCUCCCACGCCUGUCCAUAUUGACUCAGCCAAAUGCUCGCUCGUAUACAGCGACGGUAAACGUUAAGCAAACUUUUCUUCUUUUUUACUGACGCAUGUACACACGCUGGCUGUCGUCUAACAGUUGACUCUUCUUGCUUUUUCCAACUCCAGCCGACAGCCACGAUCCAAGAUUUACCACUAUUAUUAUUAUCGUCGUUCUCAUUCCACUUUUCUUAUUUCAAUGCACUAUCGCAAUUUCAUUCUUAUAGUUAUGUAUAAUGAUGAAAAAGACCCAUUCGAGUAUUGGCUAAACAAUAACGCACAAACAAAGUGAAGGUUACGUUUAUUAUUUGCGCCUUCGUUACUGUUACUACCAAGUUUGUAUUAUUUCAAGCGAUGCUGUAAAAACAAACGUCCACUGCAAAGUAAAUCCUGAUCUACUGUCAAUAUUAUAAUAUUAUAUAAGUAGCACGAAUUACGAACAAAAGUUUUUCCCUUACCUCAAUUGGAAGCACAGACCUUAGGAUAAAGUAAAUAGAAUUUUUCACGUUUCUCACGAUGAAUGAUAAAUUGAAACAAAAUUCGCAAUAGUGAGACUAGUUCUCUCUCUGAAUACACUGAAUACUAGCGACGCAUAAUAAGCGUACUUUGUAAAUGCGACUACGUAUGUAUACGUGUUUAACACGUCGAUAAUUCAUACAUUCCGCGUAUUUUGAAUAUGAACAUAUAUAUACGGAAAUGCCGAAUAUAAAAGUGAAUGUGGAAUAAAAUAUAAGUAGUAUGACUUAAUAUUUUAUUAUCACCAAAAAAAUGUAAUUCGAUAGUUCUAUUAAUUUUCGUUAAC